UGGACCCUAACACAGAUGAAAAAACUCGCACAGGAUAUCAAAGACUACAGCACAGUGAAGUUUCCAUUUUCCGGAGGAUUGGUAAAUGGAAAGAGUUGGUGGGAGAAGCUGCUUGCAGAUGUGGUGCAUCACCCGCUCAAAACCAUGGUGAUACGUAUCCUUAGCAUUGUUCCACAUGCUGCCAACGUCAGAAGACUCUUCUCCAGCCUCAAUAGCAUCCAGUCUAUUUGUUGCUCAAACCUGACAAUCCCCCAUAUGGAAAUACUUGGAACUCUUUGCAAUCACUACAAAACCGAGAUCCACAACAUGGCCGUCAAACUGGGCAAAGAAACAUGGAGGAAGCAUGGUCAUAUGGACACUUGCAAGGAGCCAAGCAUCAACACUGAGCAGGUGCAAGAUCUUCUCGACACCUUUGUCUGGACCGGCCCUCUCAGGACAAGUGGAGGCAAAGAUCUCAAAGAUGCACUCGCCGGUCCAGAAGGUAUCACAGACAAGGAACUUGAGUGUGAGUUCCAGCGUCUGAUGGACAAGGAUUGCACUGACAGUGGCGACAGACUUCCGGCAACUGUUGCAGUAGGUGACAUGUAUGACCUUGACCAGCUAGACGGGAUUCGGGCGGGGCUUGCACCUCUGACCAAGGUUAAAGAAAUAAUGGCACAUACAAGUCCUUUGGGCACAAGAGAGACAUUGUUGCCAGCUGAACUUCUGCAGGAGCUGGGGCUUUCAUUCUCAUAUACUCAUGUAGCUGGUAAUACACAGUCUAUGCUGGAUAUGUAA